GAAUCCCGUUAAACUUUUCGCUGGCUUUGUAGAAGCAAAACCCUGAACCUAAACUCUCAAACCCCUGCGCAAUCGAACCCGCUCCUCCUCAUUUUGAAAACCAAAAACAAAAGAAGCUCCAACCCUUCAAUCUCCACUCCAGAGCUCGCUUGCAAGUUUGCUACAAUGUCGGGUUUCUCAUUCGGAUCUUCCUCUUCCACCCAAUCUUCAUCCUCAUCCCCAUUUUCGUUCGGGUCAUCCCCCUCAUUCGGAUCCUCUUCCCCUUUCUCCACCACCACAAACCCUACCUCCGCCGCUUCUUCUUCUCCUUCCCCUCUUUCUUUCGCAUUCGCCCCCUCUUCCUCCUCCACUGGCUCUGCCUUCAACUUUGGAUCCUCUUCGUUCACUGCACCUUCUUCUCUAUUCGGCUCCUCAUCGGCUUCCUCCGCGCCGGCUUCCUCAGCUCCUUCCAUUUUCGGUUCCGCUGCCACAGGAUCGUCACUGUUCUCCUCAUCCUCAUCUGCUACGACACCGUUUGGUGGAACUCCCCCAACUCCAACGAAUCUUUUUGGAGGAACAUCAUCGGCGUCAGCAACGGCUUCCACACCGCAGUUUGGAGGAACUUCUACGGCUUCAACUACUCUGUUUGGUGCACCGUCCACGGCUUCUUCAACACCGUUUGGUGCACCGUCAUCGGCUUCUUCGACACCAUUUGGAGCACCGUCAUCGGCUUCUUCGACACCAUUUGGAGCACCGUCAUCGGCUUCUUCGACGCCAUUUGGAGCACCGGCAUCGACUUCUUCGACACCAUUUGGAGCCCCGUCUUCGGCUUCUUCUAUUUCUUCAAAUCUGUUUGGCGCACUGCCCUCUGCUUCUUCGACUUCUUCAACGCCAUUUGGAGCAUUUGGAGCACCGUCCUCGGCUUCUUCGACUUCUUCAACACUGUUUGGGGCACCGUCAUCGUCCUCGGCUUCUUCGACUCCGUUUGGAUUUGUGUCGUCAUCAGCUUCAACCACACCGUUUGGAGGAACUUCAUCAGCUUCAACCACACCGUUUGGAGGAACUUCAUCUGCUUCAACGACUUCAACUCUGUUUGGCGGAACAGCUUCUGCCACACCGACGCAGUUUGGCGGAUCUUCUUCUGCUGCAACACAAUCGUUUGGAGCGUUUGCUGGUUCUUCAGCUACAACUACAACACCUCCUUUGUUUUCUAACGCGUUCUCUACAAAUGCUUCUUCAACUUCAACCACGACAACGCCAUUUUCAUCGUUUGCAAAGCCAUCUGCUCCAGCAAGUACUUUAACUGCAACAACUUCGUCUAGCUCAUCGGGAUUCACCUUAGGAAACACAACUUCCUCUGCUUCUCAACCCUCAUUUGGGUUCGGUAAUGCACCUUCAUCUACAGCUUCUUCGACCGCCUCCACUGUUUCCGGCACACAGGCGGCUUCCAAGCCGGCGGGUUCUUUCUCGUUCACAACAUCUUCAGCACCACUGUUUUCGACGGUGACUACGACCACAACCUCGGCAACCACGACUGGGACUGCAGUUGUUUCGGCUUCUGUGCCUGCCUUUGGUGCCACUGCUGCUUCUUCUGCUCCAGCGAGUGGCGGCUUUUCAUUGACAGCUACUCCGGUGGCAUCUACAGGUGCUGGCUCGUCGUCAGCCAGUGGAGGAUCAUCUUUUGCAGGUUUUGGUGUAGGAAGCACUGCAUCUACUGCAUCAACUGUUUCUUUUGGGACCGGGUUUUCAUUUGCUAACAAGGCUUCAACUCCUGCCGUAUCGGCAGCUACUGCUCCUGCAUUUGGGGUGAGCACUUCAACUUCUACUGCUCCAGCAAUUUCUAGUUCGAGCACCAGUGCAACCCAGUUGUCAUCCGCUGUUGUUGUGGCUUCCAGUAGUGGAACUACUUCAACUGUCAGCACAUCAGUAGCUGCUACACCAAAAUUGCCAUCUGAAAUCACAGGGAAGACUGUGGAGGAGAUUAUCAAGGAGUGGAAUUCCGAGUUGCAAGAGAGAACUGGAAAAUUUCGAAAACAAGCUAAUGCAAUAGCUGAAUGGGACCGCAGGAUUUUACAAAAUCGUGAUGUUCUAUUGAGGCUUGAGAUUGAAGUGGCAAAAGUAGUUGAAACACAAUCAAAUUUGGAGCGGCAAUUGGAGUUGAUAGAGACUCAUCAACAUGAGGUUGAUAAGGCCUUACAGAGUGUGGAAGAAGAGGCUGAACGUAUUUACAAGGAUGAGCGUGGUUUACUUCUUGAUGAUGAAGCUGCUUCCACAAGAGAUGCAAUGUAUGAGCAGUCGGAACUGAUUGAAAGGGAAUUAGAGCAAAUGACAGAGCAGAUCAAGUCAAUUAUUCAUUCCCUUAAUUCAAACCAGGGUGGAGAGGUUGAAGCCCCAGAUGGAAUGACUCCACUAGAUGCUGUAGUUCGAAUUUUAAAUAAUCAACUAACUUCUCUGAUGUGGAUUGAUGAAAAGGCUGAAGAAUUUUCUUCCCGCAUUCAGAAGCUAGCUAACCAAGGCUCUGCUUCAGAUCGUGAACUGGUGGUACCUGGGAGCUGGAUGUCUUGAUAUUUCAAAUUUGUAUUUGUAUAGUAUAUCAACACUUUCAAAUACAAGCUAGAGAGAGCACACAUUUGUAUGAAGCAGCCAGCGUAAAUUGCGAAGAUUCUGGAUGAACUGUUUUAGAAUUAUUAUUACCAUCAAUUUUCCUAUUGACUCCCAAUAUCUCUUCUAUAACUUCGUUUUGAAGCAUUAUGAAAAUUUGAAGAUUGUUAGUUGUUUCUUGUUAGAUCCCUUACUGAAAAAGUUGAGAUCUGUACUGGUUUCUGCUUGUGAAUUUGCAAAUAGUUUAAGCGAACUCCUUCAAAACAUGAUUUUUGUAAUUGAUAAACAAGGUAGCAUUUAAAUUCUAAAUAUUUUAGCAGGUCCUGCCAUGCCUUUUAUCUC